GGAUUUUGCAAGUUUUAAAGAUAACAGUGUCAAGAUAUGGAGAGACUUUUGUCUUAAAUCGACACCGUAGUCCAUAUACCCACCAAAACAAUCACUAUACACGUUCUAGAUCUCGCUCAAAAUCAAGAAGUCGAACUCAAAGUAGAGAGAGAACCCGAAGCAGAGAGCGCUAUUAUUCAAACAUGUCUGUUAGCUGACGCAUAGGAAGUUGUACCAUAUUCAAAUCUAUUAUUCUGCGACUAUAGGCAUCACAGGAGAAAAAGGAAACCAACACCGGAGAGCUUCAUGGAUAAGUGGGUUGCAUAUCUCUGUAUUCUCGUAUGUCACAAGAAUACGUUUCAUCAGUCAGUCUGAGUAAGUGCAUCACCAAAAUGCCUCAUAAACACUCAGUCUGUGGAGUACAUGUGUACCAAUUGCAUAUUAACAUGUUCCCUGUGGAUUCAAGGGUUUUUAAAGUAACACUUAAAAAUAACUUGAUGGAGGGGAAGAUUUGAGCAAAUGGAAUAACUGACAGAUGCUUUGUGGGAAAACCACGCAAAUUUCUGAUGAUGAGCUUACAAACUUACAAAGAUGGCUCUUAAGCUGCAGACAGGAUGAAAAAGAGUGAAAGUGAAAGUGAAGAAGACAGCAAUGAGGAGGAGAAAAAAAAGAAACACAAGAAAUCUACUAAAAAGAAAUCAAGAAAAACUUGCCAUAAAAAGAAAAGACAAAGAUAAAGAGGGAGGCAAUGGUGUCACUGGGCCUCUUUCACUGAAGCAAGACACAGGAAAUCAAGACAUUACAGACUUUGGAGGAGCUCUGCUACCUGGUGAGGGUGAAGCAAUGGCACAAUGUGUGAAGGAAAGCAAGCAAAUCCCUUGCUGUGGUGACAUCAAGCACACAAAUGAUGAGAUUGCUACAUUUGAAUCUUCUGGUUAUGUGAUAAGUGGAAGCAGGCAUCGUCACAUGGAAGCUGUACGUUUGAGAAAAGAGAAGCAGAUUUACAGUGCAGAUGAAAAGUGAGCAUUGGCUAUGUUUAAUUAUGAGGAACAAUCCAAGACAAAACAAAAUCUUUUCAAACCUCAGGGAGAUGAUUCAUCAGAAAAUCAACAAAAAGAAAUAGUAAAUGUCACUCCCGACCAGCUAUAUUAGCUUCCUCCAGUUUCGACUGUUCUUUCCAGUGUUGCUUGAUGAUGGACUGGCAUACCAAAUAUUGGACAUGCAAGUAGCAGAGAAGGAAGUGAGAGGAAGUCCAACCCAUAGACAGCCAAAGCAAUGCUUUUGCAUCAAUCAGAAUCAAUGCAUUCUUCUUUUGUGGUCUCGGUUGAUCAGGCGGAUAAUACUAUCCACUGGACUAAUCUCUUUCCAGUGGAUAGUCCACCACCUUUUUGUAAACACCUACAUGUAUCUGCUGGAUAACAAUUUUAUCUGUUGGAUAGCAUUAUCCACCCUCUGAUGAUAUUCUAAACACCCCCAAAAUUGAAAUGGGCAGCGGAAACUUGGUUCCAACUCUCGACAGCUCUUCCAAACAAAUCUAUGACAUUUUCUGGGUAAGAAGCAAAUUUCACCAAGUGCAAAAGGGAUACUAACAGAUAAAUACCCUGAUGCAAAUUUGGAAUGGGACAAAGUUUACUAUUGUUACGAGUAAUUUUGUUGGAAAUAAAAGCUUCUAGAAAUCUCCA